AUGACAGUAGCCUCGAUUGUGCUUCUAGUUUAUGACUAUAUGUUGACCCUUGAUUCCGAAUUAUUGUUGAUCUGGGCAUCACGCUGGAACCUCGUCAAGGCGCUAUUCCUUCUAGUUAGGUAUAUGCCUUUCAUUGAUAUGGCCUUGUUAACAUUUUAUUUAACUCGCAAUGGAACGGCGCACACUGCAGCCUGCGGUAUUACUUUUCAAACAAGCGCUUGGCUGUUCGCUGUCGGCACCAGCGUGGCUGAGAUACUUCUCACCAUCAGAACGUGGGCAUGCUGGGACAAAGCUCAAUGGCUCACGAUCGGAUUGCCCAUAUUUUUUCUUGUCAAUUGGGCCAUAGUCUACGUCUUUCUGGGUCUCUUCAUCCGUUCUGUAGAGUUCAUUCGACCCCCACGUUAUGCAAAUCCAGCUGGGUGUUUUCAUGUAGGAGCUAAUCCUAUUUUUGUUGCUUGCUGGGCCGCGAUUAUGGUUUACCAUGCAGGCCUCUUAUUGCUUAUGGGUAUUCGCGGUUUCUCCACACUCAACGGUAUGAGAAAGGAAACACUUUCAAAAGUUGUCUACCGAGAUGGACUUAUCUACUACUUUCUUCUCUUUGGUUUAUCCCUCGGCAACCUUGUCAUCAUCGUCUGUCUACCAUAUAGGUAUGUGAACUUGUUCACAACAUUGGAACGGGUCAUGUAUUCAGUAUUAACGUGCCGUGCAAUAUUGCAUAUACGUAAACAAAAUAUGUUUGAAACCACAAGUUGGUCUUUUGAUCUGUCUGUUUGA